ACAAAACAUUUCCUGCGUGAAAAAAGUAUUUGAGCAGGUUGUGUACAGGUGUCAAUAUAUAAUUGGAUUAAACAAACCUAGACACCUAAAAGUUUUCUCUCACACCAUUUGUGAAGAUCCAAAGCAAAAGAAGAGUUACAGAAACUGAAAAAAGUAUUUUCGUCGUCUGUUUGAUCUUUCUCUCUUUUAUUGAUGGCGAAUCAAGGAGCAAAGAAGCGGAAAGAUGAGAACGCUCGACACAUGGCUAAGCUCCGUCUUAUAAUGAUCUGCUGCAACAUUUUGUAUGUCAUAGUGAGGGUGAUAAUUUCGCAUUCAAGCCAUACCUGGAAACAUUGGAUUGGUCUUGUGGUAACAUCGUUAGGUUACGCCAUUCCUUAUAAGCUUCUUGAUCAAAUGGCAAAGCCUAGUGUUAGUGAUGAUGGUGAACUUCUUGACGGUGGAUUUGACAUGAGCACUGGUGGAAUGUGUGGAUAUUUGCACGAUGUACUCUACAUCACCUGCUUUGUGCAGCUCGGAUCUAUCAUCUCUGGAAAGUUUUGGUACGCGUAUUUAGUGAUUCCUGCAUUUGGAGCCUACAAAGCUUCUGGUCUUAUUAAGGGAUUAUUGUCACAUGGUUCAGAGGGAGGUGUUGAGGAUGAGAAGACUCGCAAAAAGAGGGAGAAGAUGGAGAAAAAAGCUUCUAGGGGACAAGUCGUCAAGACAAGAUCACGAUGAAUGUCUUAAACAUCAUCUUUAGCAACACAAUUGGUAAAGCUUACUUCAAACAUACAAAAUGCAAAUCAGUGGGUAAAAUACUCUUGACUUUGCAUGUACCUGUUUUACUGACGGAUGUAGCUGUCUUUACACUAUUUUGACUUAAGUGGAUGUGUUAAGAUGAAGUAGACUAAUAGUCCUGAGUAGGAUACAGUGAAAUUCUCAGAAGAUAAGACUUUGUUCUUUGAAUUUUUGCGAUAUUAUGGUGAUGUUGCGACUUGUGAGCCA